AUGACGCUGUCGGACGAGGCAGGCGAUCGCAAGCUGUACGACAACCGAAAGUCCUCUUCGUACUCUCACUACGGAAUAUGGGUUGAGGUCCCGUCUUUCGCUGGCAACGGCAUCAAAGGAACGGCGGCGCGUGAGACCAUUGAAAUCGGUGGUAUCAAGCUCACGGACCAACUUUUCGUUGAAGCAACCGUCAUCGACCCUAAGAUAUACAACGGUCUACCGUUUGAUGGUGUCGUAGGGCUUGGAACUGAGCCGCAACUUCCUGAGCACUGGUCCGUCUUCGACACGAUGAACCAGCGACACCUGCUGUAUAUGCCUCUAUUCGCCAUUUACCUUUAUAAGACACGCGACGGCGCAGAUGGAGAGAUUAAGUUUGGGGACUAUGACCGGGCUCAUUAUCAAGGAAGUCUAGCUUUGGUGCGUCUUCCUGGACAAGACUGGUCCAUUCCCAUGUACUACAUAACAAUCGGAGGGAAGUCUAUAUGGGAGAAAUUCACUGCCAAGCCUGCUUCCGCCCUGCCAUUCAUCUAUGGGCCAGAGAAAUACAUUAAUGAUAUCCACCAGGCCCUUGGAGCAACACGAAGCGGUCAAGGCGAGUACACAGUAGACUGCGAUAGAGUUCCAGAGCUGCCUAUUAUCGGACUUGAUAUCGGUGCUUGGAUGAAACUGGGUCCCGAGGACUACGUUGUUAAGGUUGGCACUGUGUGCUACAGCGGUUUCGUUGUAGGACAAGAAGGAGUCUGGCUUGUGGGGCAGAACUACCUUCGCUCUGUAUAUAUGUUCUUCGAGCAAGGAGGAUUCGAGCACCAAAAGGAAAUCGCCAUUGGACACAUCCGGAAACCAAGCAACUAAGCACCACUUCGCCUAUAGCCCUCAAAUAAUAACUUGAUUUCAUAACUUACCAAGUAGGCAUUUGUAUCCAAGAAAAUGGCGAGCUGCUCAGAAUAUGGCGCCCUCGAAUAAAAACGUU